AUGAUUAAUUCCUGGGCACUUAUCGCAUGUGGACUCUGGUCUAUGACUGCGGCUUCGCCCAUCAAUUGCGACGCGGUGACUUUGGUCGCCUCAAGAUCCGGGUCUUUCAAGGCCGGCAAAUGCUCAUCGGGUUGCGGCAAACGAAAUUUUGUUUUCACAGGUCUACCCUGGAAUCAUCCUGCUGUUGCAGCAAGUGGAUUCACUCCCAAACAGGUGGAGGCCGGUAUUCGAACAGACAUGGCAGCAAUUAUUAAGGCUGGCUAUAACAUCAAGGCUGUUCUUCUCGGCCCUGAAGAUGGCCUGGACUUUCUUUCAGAAGAAUUGCAGGGUAUAGACUGGACCGGAACGGGAGUCGGUUUCGGCGUUCGGGGGAGUCCGACGCCGGUGAUCACGCGCCGUCUCAUGGAUGCUGUGCAACUAUAUCGGGAUGAAGUGCCCCGGGCUAGGAUCUUGUUCAAUUAUUCGCCUGUCACGUCCCUCUGGGCAAUCCAACAAUACUAUCCACUCUCUCCAGAAUGCUCAAACACCAAUGGAACUGACCUGGGUAUUGCGAUCCGUUGUCGUGCCUGCUCUCCGUCAGCUCUGUAG